AUGGAACUGUUGAAAGUAGCCAGUGCAACGACACUGUUUGACUUCACAGACCGGAGCGCGAGCGUCGCCAACUGGACCGAGAUCUCAGACGUGGUGCGCGAAGUCGGCAAGUCCAAGGCCGUGCUGAGCCUGCAGAGCACCCAUGUCUUCCAGCGCGCCGUUUUCUUCAGCCUUCUGAACCCCCAGCUGAACGGCGCCGGCUUCGCUGGGGUGCGCGUACCCGUGGAGUGGGACCUGAGCGGGUACAAGGAGUUUAGGAUCAAGUGCCGGGGUCAGGGCCAGAACUACCACUACAAGAUCGUCCUGAGGCACAAUCAUCGGUCGGCUGACGACGACGUCGAGUACGAGCAGCUGUUCGACGCGCCCAAGACCUUCGACCACGUGAGGCUACCCCUCACGGAGUUCAAGCCGUACUUCCGGGGCAGGGAGAACAAUACCGCCCAGCCUCUGGACCUGGCCCACGUCACCAUGUUUGGUUUUCAGAUUUACGGGGGCGUUUACUCGCCCUUCAAGCAGCAAGGAGUUUCUGCAUUGGAGAUCGACACGAUCGAGGCAACGAGAGCCUCAGAGUAAGCCCUCCUGGACGAGAGAUACUGGCAGGGAUUAAGUAAUUGCAAACCAAGGUCUUUGUUAUACUCCUCGAAAACAAUAAAAUGCACGAA